AGAGACUCAGUGCCUUGCAGAGAAGCCGGUGCAUUGCACCCAUGCCUAGUGAAAAGAGCUGACAAACCAGCUAUUUCCUGUCGAAACAGCUCUAGGGCCUUUGCUGCGUGGGGCGCGCUUUGAGCACAGCUCAGAUGGCGAUUGGAUCGAGUGACCAGGAGCUGCCACAUGGCGACCUUGUGGAGGAGCUUGAGGAGCUGCCCCAAUCCAAGCUCCAAGAUAGGGAGGACCUUAUGCCAUCUCUCAAAGAGAUGAUUGCAUCAUACAGCGGGGGGUGGGUGUGCAUUGACGGCAAGUAUGGACACUACAGCGGCAUCGUACCACCACCAUUUCAUCCCCAGCACUUUGAGGACCCAGCACAGGUUAAAAGAGAAGGAUCGGAAGAGGCGUCAUUUGAUGGACGCCAGGAGUCGGGUGCUGACAAGCUUGAAGCGGCAGUCGCUCAAAUGCAACUGGAGGGACCUCUGUUCCACUCCUUUGCCCCUGCCUUCAACUGGGAAGAGGAGAGGGCGUCGAUUCCUGGACUUCGUGCGAGGUCCUCUCUGUAUGUUACACCAACAGGGCUUUUCUCCUUCUCUGUCGAAGUCGUCAGUCUGACGAUGCAAGUGGGACUUGUAGAACCGAUCAGCGGGACAAUCAGCCUUUACCAUAAGGACAGGCGUGAGAAAAUAUCGGAAGACUUCCACUUUUCUAUUGCUCCAGAUACCUGGCCGAAGCGCCCCAUUGACCAGCAACGCCGCGUCUUCUUCACACUCGACAAGCCACUGGCGGCCGUGUGCCUGCUAAUCCAACUCGAGCGGACGGCGACUGAGGAGGAUGGGGUCAAAGCAUCUGUGUAUGCAAAGAAGGACGCGACGUCUCUCUCGGAAAGAGAUGCAAACCGCGUGGCAGGCUGGGCCGCAUCGGUCCCAUUCAAGGAGCCCCUCGCCUGGACGUUCAUCCCCAUUUUCGACAAAACGGUCACCAACGGUUUGGGGGGAUUUGGACUGGACACCAGCCAGGCCCCCAACCCAAUGAGCGGGGUCAGCACGCCCCGAACCCCGUUGAACGGGUUCACUGGUUAUGGAAGCAACGGGAACAGCGCUUACGGGACGCCCAAAGCUUCCAUCGAUCUGACCGCUUCAGGGCUGAGCUUCUCCGGCACUCCGACCAAACGGAGAAGCGCGGCUGACGAAGGGGACACGUGGCAAGCGGUGCAAGUGGAUGUGCCGAUGUUCCAUAGGGUCAAGGCACCGUACACAGAGGACAGCCUUCAGGACCAAAAGAAGGCGCAGAAGGCCGUCCGUGCAAGCAUGAGGCUCUUGAUUCAGAGGCUCUCGGGGUCCGAGUCAAGUGCGGCGAGGGUCGCGACUCCCCUACUAAUGUCCGGAAGUGCGACCCCCCAAAACUUGCUGGGCGCACCACACAGACACCGGGUUCACGGGCCGUCAAUGUUCGCGUCAUUGGACAAGCCGGCGGAAAACGGGGUUGCGAAGCACGUUAGCACGGAAGCGGUGUGGGGAGUCGCGGCCGGGGACCGGAAACGGCGGGACAGCGCGGGCAGUGUGCGGACGGUUCUGGACGGUCCGGAAAGCGGACGGACCACUCCACUGCUGCGCCGGCAGAGCCGGCAGAGCGGAGGGAGCGAAGACGUUCCCCGCAGCUCGAACGGGGCUAGUCCGCAGCACACUCCGGCUUCGAGCCACGGCCGGGCGGAUUCCGGACGGUAUCCGGACGCCGAUGCGGACUCGACCGGGGGGGCUCCGAGCACCCCCGGUACGGACGAUUGGACCGUGGUCGCGCAGACUGAGCGGGCGACCAUCAGCGGCAGGGUGGCCGACACGUUUCUAAACCGGGGGGUGCGGUCGGGGGGGGGACUCGUGCGCGCUUUGGACUUUCGGUCGCUGGAUCGAAGCGCGCCGUAUACGGAGCUGAUCCAUCUGCUGUACGUGUACCCGCUCUCGUUGCAAAUGUCGAGGAAGCGGAACCUCCUCGUGAGGGUGGAGCUGAGGGAUGAUGACAGCCAUCCGGACAAUCCGGGAAUGCAGGUCAUCUUUCCGAAAGACUUCGGCGGUCCGAUGCUCCGAGCGGCUACGACCCAGGUCGCCGCGAACACCAAGACGCCCCUCUUCCACGACGAAAUCAAGCUGCGGCUCCCCACCGUCUUCCAGCCGCAGCACCACCUCGUCUUCACCUUCUUGCAGCCAGCCCUGCGUCAGAAGGGGAAGCCCGAGAACGGAAUGACGGUAGUGGGCUACAGCGUCCUUCCUCUGUCCAUGAGCACGCAAGUCCUGAGGUCCGACGGCAGCCUGCCUGUCGUCAAGGAGCUCUUACCGAUGUACCUCAACGACUACGUCAAGGGCGACAUGGAAUACCUAGACGAUGGCCGCCCUAUCUUCCGAUUGCGCCUGCGGCUCUGCUCCACGAUCCACCCCACCAACGAACGGCUCCAGGCCUUCCACGUGGCUUACGACAGGCACAUGCUGAGCGCCGGGGGCCCACCGAGUUCCGCCCUGCUGACGAGCAUCAACCACCUGCGGUCCAUGGACUUCGUAACGCUGCAGCAGUACCUGCACCCGACGCUGACCAUGCUGCUCCGGCUGGUGGGCGACGGCGGCGAGACGCUGCAAGUGGCGUCGUUCCGCGCACUCGUCAACAUCCUGACACGGAUCCAGCAGGAGUCCCUAGACGGCUCGGAGCGCAACCGCAUCCUGGUCCACUUCAUAGACUACGCGUUCGAUGACUGGAGGGGCGACCGUCACCCGGCCAAGGGCUACAAGGUGGGCCCUGUCUACGAGGACGUCCUGUCCAUGGCCUGGGUUUUCCUAGAGCUCAUUACAAAAUCCAUCGCCCUCGAGGCCAACAGGGCCCCCACGACGCCCCCCUCCCCCGCCAUCGUAGAAGACGAGAGGCUGACAAGCGGCCACGUGCCGGUUCUGCUCAACCCAGACGUCUUCAAUUGCGUCCGGUCACUGUUCGAGUGUUUGUUACUAGAGGUUGCGGAGAAAGUCAGGAGCGGGCCAGCGCAGGCGCGGCGGCUCAACACGUGCUUGGCCUACUUCUGCCACGAUCUGCUGUCGGUGAUCGAUCCGUUGCAGGUCUACGAGCUCAUCGCUUGUUACAUGAAGAAAGACACGUGGCCCCUGUCUCCCGCCGUGGCUGACCUGCGGCUGACGUUUCUCCGCAUCGUGUGCGACCAUGACAAGUACGUCGAAUUUCCGGGGCACGCCGGGAACGAGCGCAACUACAUCGCAACGCUGCUGCAGAUGGAGGUGCUUGGCGCGGUGGUCUCCGAGGACCCGUUGAUUAGGAGCAAGGCUGCUCGGCUGCUCACUUUCAUCAUGUGCAAGCACCAGUUCGACGUCCAAAGCCGAGAUGAGGAUUUCCGCGAGUAUGCCGCCAACCUUUACCUCCCCUUGGCCGAAAAAGUGCUGCAAGAGCCAACUCUAGUCACGGAACAAGCGCCGGGCCUGCAGCGGGAACUGCUGACGUGCGUGCUGACCGUGCUGGAAGGCCUCGACGCGCCGCUCGUCACGAGCCUGUGGCACGGCAAGGAGCACAGGGCUCGUGCCUUCUUUCAACUGCUGGAGCGAGCUUUGGAGCUCUUCCAGUGGGCACCUGUCCCCCCGGGGGCUCAGCCCGGGAGUUCCAGCCCUCCGGGGUGGGGGCUUUCGGCGCACCUCUUCUCCGAGAAGCUGUCCCCCUCGGUGCAACAUUACAUCACGAACGCGAUCCGACACCACAAAAAGGCUUCCUUGGAGCAGUCGUUUGCCCGGCAGGGCAUCGCCCACAAGGCUCAUCUCCGGGAGGCCCUCUCUCAGAUCCAGGCAAGCCGCAAAACGACGCCGCGCGUGCCGCAGUCGCGAGAGGACCUGCCCGCCUUCCUGCGGGAAAGGCUGGACCUCUGGGAAGGCAAUCUGAGCGCGCGCACAAGCCGCGAGGUCCUCCGAACCGUCCGCCUCUAUUCCAACCACUGCACCGCCGAGCGGGGAUCCCCCUCCCCGCCUUCCGAAGCUCUGCUCUUCCCCCUCCUCAACGCGUUCCUCGCCAAGCCGCAGUCCGUUGCGGUCUGGGCGCUUUUGGCGCCGCUGUUAGAGACGCUGCUCGAGCGGCAUGGGGGGGCGCUUCUGGAGCCCGCCAACGGCGGAUGCGUCAAGGAGUUGGCGUUCCACCUGCUGAGGGUUAUGACGGCAAGCUUGCGCGCCAUUCGCGCACGCGCGGCCGCGUGCCUCCUGCUCCUCCUCAGCUCCAUCCACCGCCGAGAGGGAUCCCUCCAGUCCACGCGCACCCUCCUCAGCCUCACGCUCUCGGAGCUCCUCUCAUCAAUCCAAGUGCUCGACUCGUGCUCUGCCCCCGGGGCACCCCCCACCGAACCUCCGCCCGAGUCUCGCGCGCAAGUCGCGCGUCUUAAGGCGCUCCUCGAAGAACUGGUCUCUAGAGAGGGCUGCGAAAAGCUGUUAGCGGAGGCCGGUCUCUCGACGGGGGCCGUUGUCGGGUUCGAGAAGGAGCGAGAGUCCCCUCGGGAGAGUCAACCGGGGGCGGACUCCGGCCCAGCGGCCGAUGCAAUCGAUUUGUACCUACCGACCGUCGAGGCGUUUCAGAGCGAGAUCACGCCGCGGGGAGACGGGCCGGAACCUUUGCCGCGGCUGCUUACGUCAGCACCGAACGGCGGGAUUUUGACGGGGCUGCACCAGCUGUCGGUGCCGGAAAGUAGUCCGGCGGGUAGUGGAGCGGAAACAGAACGGAACGGAACCCCCUCCGGGGAUCCACCGGCGGAGCCGUCUGCGACCACUCCGUCCGAUCUGACGGCGGAAGACUCCUUCUUCUCGAUCUUUGACUCGGCGACUCCCCCCCUCGGAACGAGCCCCGGCGGCCAGCCAAAAGCUGACGGCUGGGCUGACGUCAGAGAGCUGAUGCGGACCCUAACCCGUGCGCUGGAGAGCUCGGUGCAGCACUCCCUGCACGUAUCACAGACCGCCACGUGGCACGACCCCUCGGAGAGCUACGCACGCAUGGCGGUGGCGUACUCGCACGUGCUGGAGUUACGAGUUUUGUGGCUGCUGAACCUGUGCGAGUUUCACCAGGGGCGGCAGGCGUGGGCGGAGGCGGCGCAGUGCGCACUUACGGUCGCUGGCGUCAUCAUGCAGGCGCUCAUCCACCGGGGCGACCCGGUGUGGACUCCAGGCGACCUCGCCCACCUCCGCCGGCUGUGCCCGUCGCUCCCCGAAACCCUGGACGACCCGGGGAGUCGCAGCAGCAAGAUCAGCGUCGACACCGCGCUGCGCUACCUCCAAAUGGCGUACCGCUUCUGCGAUAAGGCCGCGCUCUUCCACGCGUGCACCGACCUUAUGGAGCUGCAGCUGCCCGCGUAUAAGAGCCGGGCGGACUAUAAGCAGCUGGCGCACGCGCACGAGAUGCUGCGCGGGGUGUACGAGGCGAUACGGGAGCAGGAGCAGGACAUUUCGUUCCGCGACGCCACGUACUACCGUGUCGGCUUCUACGGCGCCGUCUUCGGCCCCCUUGACCGCUCCGAGUUCGUGUACAGAGAAUCUAGCGCGGUGCGGCUGGGCGACAUGAUCGAACGGCUGAGCUCCUCCGCCCCGGAGGGAUCCCCCGACCACAGGAUAGGAAUCAUCUCGGACUCGCGCGUCGUGCAAAACCUCCCGGGGGGGGCUGCGUAUUUACAGAUCACGGCCUUAGAACCAGUUUCCGCACUAACCGACAGACCGAUUGACCCCCCCCCCGGGAGCCCCGGGAGCCCCAACAGCCAGCCCCCCCGCCACAUGGGCGUUUCCGAGUUUUACUGCGAUACGGGUUUCGUUAAGGACGGCCAAACCCCAGGCGGGUUAGAGACGCAGUGGAAGCGGCGCACCGUCAUGAGCGUCGCCGGCAGCUUCCCGAGCCUCGUGCGCCGGUUGAAGGUGACCCGGACCGCGGUUACCGAGAUAACCCCGAUCGAGAACGCGGUCGGAAUACUGGCGGAUAGAGCGCAUGCGCUGCGGGUCGAGAUCGAGCGGCCCGCGCCGGUGCUGACGUCAGUGCAGAGGCUACUGCAGGGGAGCGUAGCGCUGCAGGUUAACAGCGGGGUUCUGGGGGUCUGCCGAGCGUUCCUGGAGCCGACACGUGGCCUCCAGGGAUUGCUGGCGAACCUGCCCGCGCCACCCGCUGUGCAGGACCCGGGACUCGAGAGACUGAAGGCCGCAGUUCUGGACUUUGUGGCCGUUUGCAAGGCUGCCGUCAAGGUCCAUGCCCGACUAAUGGGCGAUGAAGACCAAGAGUUCCACGUCCAACUAGUCCAAGGUCUGCAGGGCCUCAUCUUCGAGAUCUCAGCAUUCAUCCCAACUGUACUAAAUCAAAUGUAAACUAUCCAGGUGCUAACAAAGUUCACGGGACCAUACUGUUUGAUCCUCGAAAAACCCCUUUCGCGGUUGCUUUUGCGGGCCCGUGUCAGGUUGAUAUAUUUAGUCUCAACGUGGUCUCGCUGAAUCGGUAGCAGGUGCGCAUAGACAUAGAUCAGACAGACACACAGCCUCUAGUCAUAGCGUUUGGACUGCACAACUCUGACGGUAGGUUGAUCUGGCGGUGUAAGGAGCCGGAUGACAGGAUCUCAAGCGACUUCGGGCCUUUACAGGCCUCACUGGCCCAUGCAAACACGUAAUUGAACGUCUAAAAAGGUGGGGUAUGAGAGCUUUUCAUUGGCGUUGUCAGUAAGCCCUGCUU